GCCUCGAGUAAACAGUUUGGAUUGGCGUAUAUACGUGGCGAGGGAUCGAACACGCACGCCAGUAUCUGAACGGCAUUGCAACCCGCACCUUCAAAAUCGCGUCGGAACAGUUUGGACUAAAGUACAAGUGCCACCGACUUCGGACGACAACACCAGUUCAGAAGACGUGGGAACGGCGUCGUUGUGACUGUUUCUGCUAAAUUUUAGUGCGUUUUGUUCGAUAUGAGGACCGAGACGAGCAAGGAACAUGAGGCACUGCCAUCCGAGAAGGCCUGCACGUGCCUGGACCUCUCCGCCGGUACCAGCGGCCCCGGCGGCUCAGGUGCAUUCCGCUCGAACUUGAACUUUUCCACCGAAGACAACAUCCGCAGUCACGCCAAGCCCAACGCGCUGCAGGCCAUCUUCAGACUGGGCGCGGACGACACCAGCAGACCGGAGCCAAUCUGUGAUUCCAAGACUCCGCAGCAGGAUGGGGACGCACCGGAGAGAUCAAGGGACUGGAUCGUGGACGCGGGCUCUGAGUUCCUGGCCACCGCCCUCCUCAUGUUCGUGGGCUGCGCGGGGGCCUUCAUCGAGAUGACCAAGCCCUCCACCAACGUGUACGGCGGCGCGGCCUUCGGACUGGGGGUCUUCAUGUGCACCUCGAUCUUCGGCAACGUGAGCGGCGCGCACAUGAACCCGCUGGUGACGCUGGUGAACUGGGCGUUCGCGGGGCUGCGGUGGACGCGCGUCCUCGUGUACGUCGUCAGCCAGAUGCUGGGCGCGCUCGUGGGCAUGGGGGCGCUCUACAUCGUGGUGCCCCCGGACGUGCAGCAGGCGGUGGGUGAGCUCACCACGCCGACGUACUCGGCGUGCUGCACGCGGCCCCUGGACUCCAUGUCGUCGUGGUCCGCGGUGCUGGCCGAGUUCGUGGUCACCAGCAUCCUGCUGGGGGCCGUGGCCGUGAGCAUCGACAACCCGCCGCCCACACCGGGCCUGCACUUCGGCAUGCUCGUCUUCGGCAUCUGCACCGUGGAGGCAAUGUACACUGGAGCUAGUAUGAACCCCACCAGGACGAUAGCUACUGCAGUCUGGACUGGCGUCUGGGAUCGGUUCUGGGUGUACGUGGUCGGACAACUGUUCGCCCUGGCCUUCGUCGUGGCAACUUUCGCGUUCUUCCGCAAAAAGAAACAAUGCUAAGUUUUAAGCGAACAAACUAAGAUAGACUGUUGAAUCCAUUGCGCAUUCAUGACUGUAAAAAAUAAAGUCUUCUUGACGUAUU